AGUUUCUGUCUCCGCUUGUUCUGCGACCCGUUGAACUACAUUUCCCAGGAGGCGUCGGGGCUGCGCCGCACAACUUCCGGCUGUAAAGAUGGCGGCUUCCUAGAGAGUCGGCGGCUGAUUUAGAAGGAGGCUCAGGCUACGCCACACAGGAGCCAUGGAAGUGGUGGAGCCCAGCAGCCCCACUGAAGAGGAGGAGGAGGAAGAGGAGCACACAGCAGAGCCUCGGCCCCGCACUCGCUCCAAUCCUGAAGGGGCUGAGGACCGGGCAGUGGGGGCACAGGCCAGCGUGGGCAGCCGCAGCGAGGGUGAGGGUGAGGCCGCCAGUGCUGACGAUGGGAGCCCCAACACUUCAGGAGCCGGCCCUAAGUCUUGGCAGGUGCCCCCGCCAGCCCCUGAGGUCCAAAUUCGGACACCAAGGGUCAACUGUCCAGAGAAGGUGAUUAUCUGCCUGGACCUGUCAGAGGAAAUGUCACUGCCAAAGCUGGAGUCGUUCAACGGCUCCAAAACCAACGCCCUCAACGUCUCCCAGAAGAUGAUCGAGAUGUUCGUGCGGACAAAACACAAGAUCGACAAAAGCCACGAGUUUGCACUGGUGGUGGUGAAUGACGACACGGCCUGGCUGUCCGGCCUGACCUCUGACCCCCGUGAGCUCUGCAGCUGCCUCUAUGAUCUGGAGACGGCCUCCUGUUCCACCUUCAAUCUGGAAGGACUUUUCAGCCUCAUCCAGCAGAAAACUGAGCUUCCGGUCACAGAGAACGUGCAGACGAUUCCCCCACCAUAUGUGGUCCGCACCAUCCUUGUCUACAGCCGUCCACCCUGCCAGCCCCAGUUCUCCUUGACGGAGCCCAUGAAGAAAAUGUUCCAGUGCCCAUAUUUCUUCUUUGACGUUGUUUACAUCCACAAUGGCACCGAGGAGAAGGAGGAGGAGAUGAGCUGGAAGGACAUGUUUGCCUUCAUGGGCAGCCUGGAUACCAAGGGUACCAGCUACAAGUAUGAGGUGGCGCUGGCUGGGCCAGCCCUGGAGUUGCACAACUGCAUGGCGAAACUAUUGGCCCACCCCCUGCAGCGGCCCUGCCAGAGCCAUGCUUCCUACAGCCUGCUGGAGGAGGAGGAUGAAGCCACUGAGGUUGAGGCCACUGUCUGAAUCAUCCCUGUACAUCUGCAUCUUCUUGUGCAAGGAAGUCCUUGGCCUAAAGCUUUGGUUCUCAAACUGGGUUCCUUGGGACCUCCGGGGUCAGGGGGUUCCAGGAGGCACCUAGGGUACCUUGGGGGGGUCCUAGGAGGGAAACCCAGGAUUCCAGGAGGGAUCCCAGGAACUGUGGGCAUCCAUCUUCCAUGUUUCCCAGCCCAUUUCCACUCCUAGUUUGUCAUGGAUAAUUUUUGUUCUUCCCUGUGUGAUUUUUGCCAUGAAAAUAAAAAUUUGAGACUCAUUAACC